CACUCCAAGGCAGCAGGGAGAAGACACCCCUGGUGAAGGGAAAAGAGCCGCCAUGCAGCCAGCUAAGGGUGGGGUGUCCUUUGAAGAGGUGGCUGUGCGUUUCUCCCAGGGGGAGUGGGCCCUGCUGCGCCCAGCCCAGAGGGCUCUCUACAAGGAGGUCAUGCUGGAGAAUUUUGGGAAUGUGGCCUCUCUGGGGCCUCAGAUUGCCAAACCUGACCUCAUAUCCUGGCUGGAGGAAGAGGAAAGGCUGUUUGUCCCACUCUCUGAUGAGGGGGAGGGAUUUACAGGAGGUGAGCGGGAGUCAGCAAAUAAAACAAACGAACAAGCAGUAACAGAAAAAGAAGAUAUAUAUCUGCAAUGGGGAGAGAACACUGAAUAUUGUAAUGCUUGGAGGAUGGAAGAGCAAAAAUACCCACCAAGAAAUAGUUCUGGCCUUUUACAAGAUGGUAUCUCUCAUGAAGUUGCACUAUUUCAAAAAGUAUAUGAAGGAGGCAAUUGGAAUAAGAGCGCUUCAAGUGAGGAUUUUUUUUUUGAAAAAUCAGAUGUUGAUGUUCAUUGGAGCAUGGAUUCCAGGAUAAAAGUAUUUAAGUGGCUGGAAUAUGGAAAAGCUUUUGAUAAAACAGACAACCUUACUUCCCAUCAAAAAAAUCACACAGGGGAGAAACCAUACAAAUACCCAGACUUUGGGAAAAGCUUCAAUGUGCAUGGAGACCUUAUUUACCAUCAAAGAUUUCACACAGGGAAGAAACAGUACAAAUGUCAGGAGUGUGGGAAAUACUUCAAUGAGAGUAGAAACCUUACUUCCCAUCAAAGAAUUCACACAGGAGAGAAACCAUAUCAAUGUCUAGAGUGUGGAAAGAGAUUCAGGUGUAGUUCAAACCUUACUUGCCAUCAAAGAAUUCACAUUGGGGAGAAACCAUACAAAUGCCUGGAGUGUGGAAAAAGCUUUAGUCAGAAUGCACACCUUACUUCCCAUAAGCGAAGUCACACAGGGGAGAAACCUUAUAAAUGUCUGGAGUGUGGAAAGAGCUUUAGUGACAGUAAUUCCCUUGCUCUUCAUCAAAGAACUCACACAGGGGGGAAACCUUAUAAAUGCCCAGAGUGCGGAAAGAGCUUCAGUGGUAAUAGAUCCCUUGCUGUUCAUCUAAGAAUUCACACAGGGGAGAAACCAUACAAAUGCCUGGACUGUGGCAAAAGCUUCAGUGACAGUGGAUAUCUUACUGUUCAUCAAAGAAUUCACACAGGGGAAAAACCAUACAAAUGCCUGGAGUGUGGAAAAAGCUUCAGUCAGAAUACACACCUUACUUCCCAUAAGCAAAGUCACACAGGGGAGAAACCUUAUAAAUGUCUGGAGUGUGGAAAGAGCUUUAGCAACAGUAAUUCCCUUGCUCGUCAUCAAAGAACUCACACGGGGGAGAAACCUUAUAAAUGCCCAGAGUGCGGAAAGAGCUUCAGUGGUAAUGGAUCCCCUGCUGUUCAUCUAAGAAUUCACACAGGGGAGAAACCAUACAAAUGCCUGGACUGUGGCAAAAGCUUCAGUGACAGUGGAUCUCUUUCUGUUCAUCAAAGAAUUCACACAGGGGAAAAACCAUACAAAUGCCUGGAGUGUGGAAAAAGCUUCAGUCAGAAUGCAAACCUUACUUCCCAUAAGCGAAGUCACACAGGAGAGAAACCUUAUAAAUGUCUGGAGUGUGGAAAGAACUUUAGCAACAGUAAUUCCCUUGCUCGUCAUGAAAGAACUCACACAGGGGAGAAACCUUAUAAAUGCCCAGAGUGCGGAAAGAGCUUCAGUUGUAAUGGAUCCCUUGCUGUUCAUCUAAGAAUUCACACAGGGGAGAAACCAUACAAAUGCCUGGAGUGUGGCAAAAGCUUCAAUGACAAUGGAUCUCUUUCUGUUCAUCAAAGAAUUCACACAGGGGAGAAACCAUACAAAUGCUUGGAGUGUGGGAAGAACUUCAGCCAGAGUGCACACCUUCAUUCCCAUCAAAGAAUUCACACAGGCGAGAAACCUUAUAAAUGUCUGGAGUGUGGAAAGAGCUUUAGCAACAGUAAUUCCCGUGCUCGUCAUCAAAGAACUCACACAGGGGAGAAACCUUAUAAAUGCCCAGAGUGCGGAAAGAGCUUCAGUGGUAAUGGAUCCCUUGCUGUUCAUCUAAGAAUUCACACAGGGGAGAAACCUUAUAAAUGUGAUGAAUGUGGCAAAAGUUUCAGUCACAGUGGAAGCCUUACUUACCACCAAAGAAUCCACACAGGAGAGAAACCAUAUAAAUGCCCAACGUGUGGGAAAAGCUUCAGUCAUAGUGGAAGCCUUACUUCCCAUGAAAGAAUUCACACAGGGGAGAAACCACAUAAAUGCCUGGAGUGUGGGAAAAGCUUCAGUCAGAGUGGAAGCCUUACUGUCCAUCAAAGGAUUCACACAGGGGAGAAACCAUAUAAAUGCCUGGAGUGUAAAAAAAGCUUCAGUCGGAGUACACAACUUCUUUCCCAUCAAAGAAUUCACACAGUGGAGAAACCAUAUAAAUGCCUGGAGUGUGGAAAGAGCUUCAUUCAGAGUAUACAACUUACUUGCCAUCAAACAAUUCACACAGGGGAGAAACUGUACAAAUGUCUGGAGUGUGGAAGAAGUUUCAGUCAUAGUAGAAAACUUAAUGUCCAUCAAAGAAUUCACACUGGGGAGAAACCAUAUAAAUGCCUAGAGUGUGGAAAGAGCUUUCGUCGGAUUGAUAUUCUUACUUCUCAUCAAAGAAUUCACACAGGGGAUAAAAGGUAUAAAUGCCAAGAAUGUGGAAAAAGCUUCAGUCAUAGUGGAAUCCUUACUGACCAUCAGAGAAUUCAUACAGGAGAGAAACCUUAUAAAUGUCUAGAAUGUGGAAAAAGCUUCAGACACAGAGGAAGCCUUACUUCCCAUCAAAGAAUUCACAAAGGGGAGAAAAGAUAUAAGUGUUUGGAGUGUGGGCGAUGUUUCAGUCAAAGUACACACCUUACUUCCCAUCAAAGAAUUCACACAGGGGAGAAACCAUAUACAUGCCUGGAAUGUGGAAAAACCUUCAGUCAGAGUGGAAGCCUUACUUCCCAUCAGAGAACUCAUGUAUAAACAAAACCAUAAAAAUUGUUGGAAUGCAGUAAAAUAUUACAACAAAGCAAACUAGAUUUUAAAAAGGAAGCAAUGAAAUAAAAUGUGAAAAUGCAUAAAAUAAAUCAUUUAGUAAAACAGCUUAAAAUGUUUUAGAGAUUAAAAAUUCACCUUCCUGUUACAAAAAUGGCACAUAAGCAUUUAUGUUUUACAUAUUCCAUACAUGGGAAACGUUUAUGUUAGAGAAAGAAUAACAAAGUGUGCAAUCCCUGCGGUCUGCUGAGGUGGAGGUAGCCAGUUGUUGGUGCAAUAGCAGCACCACUGGUCCAUCUCCAGCAACUGUGCCGUCAUACCAAGAAAAUAUCACAGUGGCUUGAUGACACAGCUGUGAUGGACAUGGAGAACCAAACAACCACAAUGUGGCUGCCAUGGGGGCUGAGCCCCAUAAACACACAAGCAGAGGGGGAGAGGUAGGUUCUCACACCACAAGGCUAAGUCCAUGACAUACAGCCCAA